UCAACACCUCUAGCAACAAUUAUAAGAUCUAAUGCUAACAUUUGCCUAGAUUUAUACGUUUAAUUCAAGGUGCUUCCUCUGGGUCACUUGAACAGAAAGAAAGUUCUACUUAAACGAUGAAUAUGCAUUAUGGCUAACAAUUAUAUAGCUUAACGCUAUUACACGAUGUCGUGUUUGUGUACAUUACUUCUCAGUUACGUAGAAUGGGAACGAAAAGGCAUUUAAAUUGCGAUUUUUAUGAAUGUAAUAAUAACUAUAUGAUCAAUUUCAAGAAUGGAGUGACUUAAAAAUUGAAAGGAAAUAAAUAGGCCACAUAUUGUUGAGCCACAUCUUUUAGCUAACCUUGACAGAAUUGCAAUAAUUUCCUGUGCGUCAUUUUUUUAUGUAAAAAAUUGACUGCUCUGCACCCAAUUAAUCGAAAAUCAUUAAAAUAUAUAACAAAAGCCUGAAUAGAAUAGCAGCUACUAUGAAAUUAUUUUUGCAUAAUUAACGACAGAUAGAGCACCGAACCUUUUAUAUAUUCUAAAUUCGAUUGCAAUGGAACUAGCGCUGCGUUAACAAGCAAUUUAUACGAGUCAUACGAAUUUAUAGGAUAAAACAGAUUCUCCAGAGAUUUCAGGUGACGGUGCCCGAAAGCACGCAAAUUUCUCGACGUUCCCUAAAAAAAUUAUUUGUGCACGAACUUAAAGAUUAAACAAAGGCCUGAUAAGGAAAAAGUAUAGAAAAGGGAAAGCUAUAGAUUGAUUAGAUUCAAUUUGUCUUGUUUCUUAGGUCUUCACUCAUUACUAGCAAGUUAGGGCAUAUCAAAUUGUUCCUGGACAAACCGUUUGUCAUGGGACUCUUACUUGAAAUUAAAUUAAUUGGAUAAUUAAAUGCAUUAUUCUGUGGUGAGUAUUUGGUUUUCGAAACAAAAAUAAAGAAAGUAGGUAUAUGAAGAGAGCCUUAAUUGGAGGCGAAGUCACUCGAGCGAGAUAGCGAACAAUCGCGUGUAGUCAACUGAAUUCUUUUGCUUCAUAGGAUGAUCAUUGCAGAAAAAUAAGGUAUAUACGGUCAGAUUUAGAGUAUACGGAAAGUCAAGAAAUUGUCAUCAGGGCAGCAAACUGCACGCGAAUAAUGUGGAAGAUCAUAGCAGUAAAAUCUUUGGAGAUUAAAUAACCGUCAUUAAGGCGCCCAUAACUUGCUGAGGGUAUAUCUUGUGUCAGGUGUGUGACGCUCCCACAUGUUUGUCACAGAUGUUCUCAGCAUUUCUGUAGCUAGGAAUUCGCUUCUAGGUGGUUUGCACGUAGCCAUGUUAGUGUGCAGUUGUGAGUGAGAGUGACUAUAGUGUGUUGCAGAGGAGUCCAGUGUAUAUUUUAUGAUAUACGAGACCAAUCUUCGGAUGACGCUAGGAGUAACAUGCUUCAGCACCUCGCCCUCUCUACCGUUAUCAGCAAACUGCUGUACAUGGCGGCGUCUCUGAUUUUAGCAGCGACCGUUGAUAUGCCUCCGGCUCUCAAUAACUGCAAGUUAAAUGAACAAGACGGCGCAUGCUUCACUGACAUUGCAGAACGCAGAUUCGUUUUUCUCGACGCCGCUACCUCACGCUGUCAGAUGAUUGCAGACAAAUAUUUGGUGGAGGUGACCCUGAAAGAAUUAUCUCGAGCCGCAACGCCUCCCUACGUGCUGCAGUCUGAGCAACUCUCCUUCGUCAUCGCUGCUUGCAAGAGAAGGGAUGCGAGGGCACUGGGGUUGCAGCAGCCCAAUCGACCCCGUCUAAUGUUUCCAGGUACCAAGUGGUGUGGUCCAGGCGAUGAGGCUGACAGUUUUGAUGACCUGGGGGAGCUGAGGGAGGUGGACGCCUGCUGCCGUGACCACGACCAGUGCCCGGACAACAUCAAGCCUCAAGAGACCAAGCAUAACAUCACUAAUGACUCCGGCUUCACCAUAAGUCACUGCGACUGCGACGACGCUUUUCGUAGCUGCCUAACUGCUGCAGGCGGCGAGGCAGCAGAAGCAGUUGGCCUCGCCUAUUUCUCAACAGGUUUCAUUAAGUGCUUCAGGCUCGCUCCUCCAGUUGUGGCCUGUGUCACGUGGUCCGGGUGA